GGUAAUUUGGUGGUUUAGAACCCUAGUCACACUCGCAGUUUGUUCGAAACCAUUCCUACAACGAGUUGAUCUCAAAGCUAGUGAGCAUGGGCUUUGAGGGUGAUUAUGGGGCGAGUGUCAUUCAGAGGUUGGAGGAAAGUGGCAGUCCACGGAUUUAAAUGCUGUCCUUGAUAGCUGGAAUGUCCAUUUUUCUAGAGUUUCACAGAGGGGAUGGCCUGCCUAAAAAUUUCUAGUUCCAAUCACUAGCUCAAAAAUCACUGUGAUAGUCGGUGUGUGCUUUUCAUCGCGUUUAAAUAAAGAAGGCCAGAAUUACGUGCAAGGUUUCCUCGAUUGUUUUGAUGUAAGGGAUGCCAAAAUUGUUGUACAUGUCUGAUCUCUUCUUGGAACUUCAAUCGGAGUUAACUUUAUUGUUCAAUUUAUGAACAUGGGAAACAGAGAAACUUGAUAUGACGCAUGCUCAGGCUAUGACCAUAUGUUUCUGUGUUCAUCAUUGCCUGUACUUGUCAUUUUAGAGUAUUGUUAGCAUUUCAUUGUCUAAGUUGGGCGGCCCCCACUGGUAACGUGUACCCAUCCUUGGGUAUACUUCUACUACGGACUAUGCAAUCGAGGUGGCGCAUGGUUCUUUUUUCUCUGAAUGGGAAACAUUAGACUGUCCGGUUUCUCUUCAAGAAUUGUGGAUGGUAGUUAUUAUUCUAACGAUUUUGAGCCUUAAUUUGCUAUGGAGGUGCAUCAGGAUUCUAACUUCGGUCACUCGAGACGCAGCAUCACCCUAGGUCAGCCAACCUUCAUCAGUCUAUUGUUUGUGGACAUUGUACUUGUCCUUUAGCAGAAAGGAAUCUACGAGUGAGGAACAGCAGCACACUUGUUCGUUUUCCAUUUGCAGCUUGCCAUAUUUUCGAGCUGCUAAAAAGAAAAAAGAAGAAGCCUGUGAUACCUAUUUUGAUUCAUUUAAGAAGAAACAAGCAAGAGCUACUGGUACAACAGUUUAGACAACAGUGACUAUGCCUUUAGGAGUCUUUUUCUCUCUCGUUAUUGUGGGCUCAACUUGCUUGUUCUUGUACCUCUACAAUCUCUUCUGGUGGAAGCCGCUGCGGCUCAGAAAGAAGCUUCAGCAUCAGGGAAUCAAUGGCCCUGUGCCGUCCUUUUUCUUUGGCAACAUCCCUGAUAUUAAGAAGAUUCGAAUGGAGAUGCAAGCCACCAAGGAUCAACAAAGCAUCGGCAAUCGUGUUUCGCAUGAUUACAUGUCCCGCCUAUUUCCCCACAUAGAGAAGUGGAGAGCCGACUAUGGUCUGGUGUUUGCAUUCACACAGGGGAACAUAGUGAUCGUAUGCAUAUGCGACUUUGAUGUAGCGAGAGAGUUCUGUCAAUGCAAGUCUGCUGAAUUCGGAAGGUCCGCAUAUGUGAAAAAAAACAGGGGAAUUGUGUUGGGUUAUGACAGCCUCGUCACUUCGAAAGGAAAAUCCUGGGCGCUCCAGAGGAAAGUCAUUGCGCCCGAAUUUUUCAGUGACAAAAUAAAGGGAAUGGUGGACAUGAUGGUUGAAUCUGUCGUCUCCGUGUUGGAAAAAUGGGAAUCUCAAAUGGAGGAAGCGGGGGGAGUUGCUUCAGUACGGAUCGACGAGGAUUUAAAAAGCCUCUCUGCUGAAAUGAUAUCAAAAGCUUGUUUUGGCAGCAAUUAUGUUAUAGGCAAUGAGAUUUUUUCCAAGAUGUUAGCGCUUCAGGAUUUGCUAAGCAAGCAGCAUGCUUUUGUUGGUCUUCCCGGGGUAAGGCAUAUUCCUACAAAGACUGCCCGUGACACUUGGAGAAUAGGAAAAGAAGUUGACCGAUCUAUUCUGAAGCUGAUGGACGAUGAUUACAACGCCGACGAGCCGAGCUUCUUACAGGCCUUAAUUAACAAUUUCGGUCGUGGAUCGAGCGUCAUCGUAGAUAAUUGCAAGGCUAUGUUCUUGGCGGGACAUGAAACUACUGCCACUGCCGCUACCUUCGCUUUAGUGCUUUUAGCACACCAUCCUGAGUGGCAGGAGCGCGUGCGUGCCGAGGUGGUGGAGAUCCUUGCAAAUCAAGCUCCGAAUAUGGAUAAGCUGCACAAAAUGAAAUUGUUAACUAUGGUGAUUUACGAAACAUUGCGCCUAUAUUCUCCUGGACCAUUCUUGACGAGAGAAACGUCCGAGGAAAUGAAGUUUGGGGACUUUGCAAUUCCGAAAGGUGUCAACAUCUGGCUCCCCUCCUCACUGCUGCAUCAGGAUCCGGCCAACUGGGGCGACAAUGCCCACGAGUUCCAUCCAGAAAGGUUUGCGAAUGGCAUUUCCUCGGCGUGCAAGCUUCCGAAUCUGUUCGUGCCUUUUGGGACGGGGAUACGUACUUGUGUUGGCCAGAAUUUUGCAAUAACAGAAUUAAAGAUAGUUCUGUCUCUCGUGCUGUCUAAGUUCAUUUUCUCUUUAUCCCCAGAAUACAAACACUCUGUGACGUAUAAGCUGUUUUUCGAGCCUGAACACGGGGUACAACUGAAGAUGGAGAAGAUCUGAAAUUAUCCCUCUUCUGUAUGAAUGGCCUGUUGCAUUAAAAGCUGUACCACGAAAUGGUAUAGUAGACGAAAUUGUAGAAUCAUGUCCUCUUGUGGGUGGUCAGUAGGGCUUACUUCUGUGUUAAAGCUAAGCUUAGUAACUGAACAGCUCUUGGUUUACUGUGGAUAUCAAUAAAUUUGACGGGCAGCUGUUCUUCGAA